AUUCUCUCUCGUCUUCCAAAGCGUAAAAGAUGGCUUUCAAGGUUGCUGUAUUCGUUGCCUUAAUGGCCGGUGCCCUUGCUGACUCUGGCCCAAGAUACAGUCCUCCUACUCCUUCGUACAAUCCUCCUACUCCUUCGUACAAUCCUCCUGCUCCUACCUACAACGCCCCUGCACCCGCCCCUGCGGGACCUGCCCAGUACGACUUCAACUAUGCUGUGAAGGACGACUACUCCGGAAACGACUUCGGUCACCAAGAAAGCCGAAACGGAUACGACACUCAGGGUACCUACUACGUCCAGCUUCCCGACGGUCGUUUGCAGACGGUCACCUACACCGUGAACGGCGACUCUGGCUACGUAGCUGAGGUUUCUUACCAAGGAGAAGCCCAAUACCCAGCCCAGGAGCCUUCCAGGUCCUACCAACCUGCUCCUGCUCCAUCCUACCAGCCUGCCCCCUCCCCAUCCUACCAGCCUGCCCCUCCCCAUCCUACCAGCCUGCUCCCACCCCUGCCUAUGGUUAAUAUAUUGUACUAAUGUGCAAAAACGUAAAAUUACUUUGAACGAAGAUUGUGUUUGUAAAUAAAUAUUGUAUUGAAA